AAGGUUUGUUGAUCUCGUUAUGUUUCGGCGUUCUAAGUAGCGGCGGAAAUGAGCAGCAGCUUCCAGAAGAGCACGAGACCUGCUCACCGUGGCAUUGCGGGUACAAAGUUGUCGCCGCAUACUGCAGAGACAGUGCUGUCGUGUGGUGUUUCUGCUUUAGAUUAUAUUCUCGGUGGCGGCUUGCCUCUUGGGGGCAUUCUGCUGGUGGAGGAGGACGCUUUCGGUACGUACUGCGGCCAGUUGCUGAAGUACUACGUCGCAGAAGGAAUUGAGCAGCAGCACCAUAUUUACCUUGCUAGUGGAGACUUUGAGCCAACAAAAUUUCUUCGCGAACUGCCGAAAACAUUGCAGGCGGCUACUGGCACUGCGACGCAGCAGCAUGCGUCUGUCGUGAGUGAUGGCGACUUGAAAAUAGCGUUCCGCUACGAACGCAUGGCAAAGCAAGACUCUCUUCUGGACUACGAAGAACUGAACCAUGUUUUUGACUUUUCUGAUCGAAUCGAAAGCACAAAGCUCGCCAGUGCUUGUGUAGUCACGUUCGACCCGUGCGAAAGAUGGGGAAAAGCGACUGAUCGACACGUAGGUGCUGCCUUAGAACCGAAUUACGAGUCUGUGCUUGCCGGUGUGAGCAGACUCGUUGACAAAGCAAAGGCGGAGGAGAACCAGUUGCAUUUUGCAGUUAGGAUCGCUCUGCAGGGGCUUUGCUCUCCGGCAUGGGGUUCGGUAGCGGGCUUCUCUUCCUUCCUUCACACGCUAAAAGCGGUAAUACGAGGGGAGCCAGUCAGUGCGUUUGUAACAGUCCCAGCAGUUAUCACGAGGGCGCACCCCAGCGUUCUCCGGCGUUGCCGCCGUUUGGCAGACAUCGUACUCAAAAUCCAGGCGUUUGACGACCACGAGCGAGGCGCCAACCCGUUGUACAAAAAUUACCACGGACUCCUGCAAAUCGUCAAGCUGUGUCGCCUGUCGUCACUAGGCAUUCGCAUACCUGAAUGUGACUUUCUGUUUCAUCAGAGAAGCAAGAAGUUUGUGGUUGAAAGACUGCAUUUGCCUCCAGAACUUGGUCCUGACGAGAAUGCACUUGCAGAAUCCAAGAUACCGGGCCUGGCAUGUGCCAGCAAUCAAAAGUUUAGUUUCUGACUUUUUUGAAAAGCAGCGAUUCAGUGACUGACUAAGCUUAUAAUGUGCUACAACUUCCACUAAUUGUAUUGUAUUUCUCCUGCUUAAAAAAAAGUAUGUUACACGAAAUUGUGAGGUGUUGAGGUUGCAUUCCUCAUAAAUUGCAGAAACUGUCUCAGCUCAUUCCAGUUCGCAUGGCAUAUUGUAAUUCAUUACAGGUUAUACUUGCCCUUGGUUGGAUUAUUGAGGAUGUUUUUCGUUUUGCACAUUUUAAUUAUCAUUGCUUGUUCUUUUCAUAUGGAUAUAGAAAUUUUGUAUUAUAGCAGCAAUAUUUUUUUUUACUGUAGAGCUCUUUAAUGUUGAUGCAUCAAUGUCUCUUGAAUAAUGCUAGGUUACGAGUUUAUGAAUUCGUGGCAUUGUAUCAUAAUGUAAAGGUCACUGCAGUAUUUCAGUGGCACUUUUAAGAUUGUACGACACGGAGCCAACUAGGAAAGUGCCUUUUUCUCUUGCAGUUUCUUACAACAAUGAGCCUUCAUUUUUUUUUUUUUUUUGCCCACUUGUUAUAUGAGAAGGAAUACUUUCAUAUAUAUAAAAAGGCUGAAGCAUAUUUAUACAUUUACAUUGUGCUUUAUUGAAGUGUUUGUUGCAUGACUUCUGUUCUCUGUGAAGUUCUUUCGUGCAAGUGCAGAUCAUUCUGUGAAGUUAAGCAGCUAAACAAAAAUAUGCCUUUGGUUCUGUUUUCACUGUUGUUGUUUACCCAUGCCUUUUACAUGUUCAAUUAAAAGUGGCUAUAAAGCAGCUUGAUAGUUUGGACUUUGGUGUGUGAUGUUAUGGCCACUGUUGCUCUCGCAGCCAGAGUAUGGAUACCGUUAACAUGGCCUAGCACUGCAGUAGCACGUUAUUGAUGGUUUCAUCCGAGCUUGUUGGUUCAAGAUUGCUGUAGCAUUCUGCUUAAAAUUUACAAAUGGGAAUUUGUUUGCUUGUUGCGAGGUCAAUGUUGUGUUUCUAAUGGGCUUUAGUACCAUGGAGUUAGAGACAACAUGUGAUGUGGCUGUCAUGUUAUGUGACAGCCAUGCAUCAUGUUGAUGCCGUCACGUCUUGUCAGCAAGGUUAAAUGCUUCAUUAAGCAUUUUAAAGAAGUGUAUACUUUUGUUCACUGUUGUAGAGGUUAGUCGAGGCAUUGAUGUAGGAAAUGUAAAUGUACUGUUGAGGGAGGCUUACCAGGCAGAGCAUUACGAUGAGUUCAUUACCAUCUAUCCAUUUCUGAUUUGUAGAAUUGUCCAGCGUAUAGGUCAUGUUUACUUUCUUUGCCCGUGCAUAUUUCUUGCCUAUGUCUGUUUUAUGUGUACGUGCACUUUGUUAAGCUGUUAAGGGAGUGGCAUGCUCAGCUGUUUACCUCUUUUUUGUUUUGUGGUUUGUUGCAAACAUGAAAUUUGCAUAAUUUCCAUUACGCACACUUUUGUGCAGGCUCACAGCUAGCAACGAGUCAUGAGCUCAUUCAAUAUUUUCGUGUGUCAAAGUGUGAAACUGUGUGGAGAAUUUGUGUGCAUUUGCACAGUGGGUGUGUGCCAUAUUUUUACAUUUUUGUCCAUCUGGUUGAAUAUGAUGUGCAUUAGUAUGAUCUACAAACUAUUGAUUGUUCUUGAGUUGUGCUUGCCUGAAUAAACACUUUUA